AGUGACUCGCCGUCCUGUGUGUUGAGAGGAGGUGUACGUUGGUGUUCUUUAGCAGUCGUGAAUGGCGCAUUAAGAUUAUAUAUAUAUAUAUACAGUAUAUAUAUUUUUUAUGUGGUAAAUGUCGGUGUUGGAGCUUAGACUUCAGAUAUAUACCAUCAGCUUGUUGGAACAUUCUGACAUCUCUCAUCAGGUCACGGCGUUUUAUUUAAACGUCUCCUUCCAGAUGCGGCUCCUGGCAGUAUAUCUCCCAUUCUCUCUGGUGGUGGUCGUCGUCACGAUUUCUGUCAGCGACUCUGAUGAGAGGCACACAGAGCUAACAUCUCGAAGUGGUUUCAUUUCAGAUAAAGACUUAUCUCAACGAACUCUUCGACAUGUUGGCUCCACAUUUAAUGACAUUCAGGAGGGAUCCCCAGCCACCACGCCGUCCACAACCACCACCACCCAACCCCAGGACACAACACAUCAUCCACCAUCAUUCAGCACACCGGAAAUAGACCGAGCAGACAACCUUUCCUUCUUCCUGGAUGAUACACCUGAUGAAGACGAAAACUUUCUGACAGAGUUGGAGAACUAUUCUCUUGAGUACAAGCCAUCCAAGGACCAGGUGGAUAGGGAGGUUUGGUUAGGUUCACCUAUAGAUCGUCAACACCACAACCGAGGUAGACGUCCAAAUUUCACUCUGUUCCAGGACCCAUCUCAGCCUGGUGGACCAAGAAGACAAUCUCUACGUUUUCAACAGCAGCUGCAUCAGCACCAACAACAACACGAGGAGCAGGAGCUUAGGAGGCAGCUGAAAGAACAGCUUCGAGAGCAAUUGGAGCAGCAGCCUCGUGAGCAGUUCACACCACCCACACACCCAGAUAUCAGCCUCAUUCCUUUACAGGCCGUGGAGGAAGACAAUGGAGGUAAUGGUGUAAUGGGGGAGAAGUUCCCUCCCUACACUGAAGUCUUUCCUCCCUUCCCUCCACAUGCUCUUCCUGCCUCCACGCCAUCCCCUGUCCCUCAAGCUCCCCCAAAGCGCCAUAUUUCUCAAGCCAUACAAGCUCCUUCAAGGCCCCAGGUCUUCCAAAGUCAGCAGGGUACUCAAAGACCACAGAUUCCCCAGCCACAACAAGUUUUCCAACAACCUCUAAAUUCGCACCUUUUCAAAGUUCAACAGGAUACCCAAAGUUUCCAGAAUCCACAAAUUUCUCAGGCUCCUCCAAAUCACCGUCUCCAAGUUUCCCAACAUCCACAAAGUGUCCAACAUCCUCCUAGUCCCCAGAUUCUUCAAGCUCCACAGAGACUCCAAGCCCCUCCAAAAUCUCAGAUCUCCCAAGCUCCACGUGAUCCCCAGGCUCUGCGACUUCUGGGGGAAUUUCGACCUCCGCAAGCUCUCUCAGAUGCACCCCAGGAAUUUCAGACUGCUCAAGCUCCCCAGGCUGUGCUAGCUCAUCACAUCUCUCCACCUCUCCUGAGUCUCCAGGCUCCACAGACGCCUCAAGCUCUUCAGGUGAUCCCAGCACCCAAGAUCCCUCCCCUAUUCUUUGGCUCACAAGGGGCUCACUCUGUCCAGGUGACCCAUAUUCACCCAGCACCUCAAGUAAACCACAUUACUCAAGUUACAAAAGUGCUCAAACCUUUUUCUGGUUCACAAGGGGAAAUUCACAUUACUCCAGCCACAAAGGUUUCCCAAAGUGUAUUUGAAUCUCAAGUGUCCCAACUUGCUCCAAUCCAACAGAUAGUCCAUCUUGCCCCAUCCCUUCAGGUGUUCCAGAAUGUUCAAGAACCCCAAGUGCCCCAGACUAUUACAUCUGCACAUGCACAACAGAGUGUUCCAGGAAUACAGGUGCCCCAGAUUGCCUCACUACAACGGGUUCAGCAAGGUGCCCCAGAACUAGAAGUGCUCCAACUUAGCCCUGCCCCACAGACACCCCAAAUUAUCCCACCUGCACAAAUUCAGCAAAUUGUAACCCCUACACAGAUUCAGCCUAUUGCUGCACCCACACCAAUUCAACAAAUUGCCACAGACCAACAUGUGCCCCAAACUUUCCCCACCAAGGAGGUAUUUCAGGUUUUCCAUGAAGCACAGAUAUUCCCAGUUACCCCAGCCCCACAUGUUCCCCAGACUGCCUCAGUGCUACAUGUAACUGAAAUUUCCCCUGCCCUUCAGGUGUCCCCAGGGGUCCAAGAAGCACAGGUACCUGAUAAUACUCAGGUGACACCCAGACCCAGGCUUCCUGUGGACUUCAAUGAACCUAACCUUCCCACGGGGGGCCCCGAAGUCAAGUUCCCUACAGGCGCUCAUGGACCAAGGUUUCCUACAGGCCCCCAUGGACCCAGGUUCCCAACAGGCCCCCACACUUCCAGGAUACCCCAAGGCCAUAGGGCACCCCCUAGACGGCCACACCCAGGAGGUGGUCCUCCCCAGAGAGUGACAGGCAGAAGACCUCCCCAACGACCAUUGGCACCACCAGUUCGGGACCUCACCCACCCUGAAAGGCCGCGACCAACACCACCCAGACCAGGGCUGCGACAGGCACGGGGACGAGCCAAUCUGCUGCCAAACAGACCUUCCUCUUCUCAUACCCGUGUCCACUCAUCCCCCUUGUCUACAGGUGAUGUGCUAACUCAUAGGAUGGAUAAGGGUCACAUGGAGGUGAAGAGUAAUGUUUCAACUCCUAACAAGAAUGAGAUUCAAGUGGGAGCACAUGACAUUAGCUUCCCCUCUACUUAUUCAAUCCCAGAUUUAAACGCUAAUAUCCCAGAGAGAUCAGAUUCAUUAAAGGUUUCUCUAGGAAAUAAAAACAAUAUUCAAAAGGACCCAACAAGACGCCUCCAGCAGGGAGGCAUGAAAGGUAGGCGUCCAGGUGUUGUAGAAGUGUUGAGGAAAAAACUUCCGCAGUCUCUGAAUCUGAGUGAAACGGGACAUACCGUUCAGAAGAGGCUGAGGAAGCUGGUAGGGAGUGCAGCGACAAGGGCCUCCCUAAUGGGUAAGGUCACUGGGGAAGUGCUGGGGGCUGGUGUGGUGGCUGUUGGACAUGCUAAGGAUGCACUUAUCCAGGCGAUGUCUAAACCAGUUGGUAGUCCUAGGGCCUAUGAGACUCACACCUACGCCAGUGGCCUCCAGCUCACCGUUCCCCAUGAAGACCACGUCAAGCACCACAGGUUUGGCGUGCGUUUCAAUUGGUCUUCGACCCCUCCAGGAGGUCUGCUUCCCGUAGUCGGCAUGGGCAUUGACUCUAACGUGAUGACCAAGUCUCUCCCUUCUGGCAGUUAUGUGCCCCCUGCUUUGCUAGGCCCCUACACCCACUCUGACAGUUACCAUUUCAAUCCCCUCACCUACAAUAAUCAUCCACCCAACUACCAUGGGUCUCCUCCUUUCCACCAAGGGGGCCCUCCACAUCCACCUAUCCACCAUGGAGGUCCUCAUCUUCCACCCAACUACCAUGGGUCUCCUCCUUUCCACCAGAGGGGCCCUCCACACCCACCUAUCCACCACGGAGGUCCUCCUCUUCCACCCAACCACCAAGGGUCUCCUUUCCACCAAGGGGGUCCUCCACACCCACCUAUCCACCAUGGAGGUCCUCCUCUUCCACCCAACCACCAAGGGUCUCCUUUCCACCAAGGGGGUCCUCCACACCAUGGAGGUCUUCUGCAUCCACCCAUCCACCAGGGGGGCCCUCCCUAUCCUCCUAUCCAUGAAGGAAAUCGUCGACAUCCACCUGUCCAUCAUGGGGGUCGUCUACACUCAUCUUUUCACCAAGGUAGACCAGCCAAUCUGCCUAUAAUCAACAAAGACCACUUACCGAAUGUCAACAAUGGCCGCCUCGAAUCCACUGAUCAUGGUGACAAUAGCUUUACUGACAACCCAUACUUCACCUCACAUCAGGAGGAAGAUCUGGAGUACCUACCAGACCUUGGCCAUGACUACCCAGGUAAAACUGGCCAAUUUCACCGUUCCAGUUCCAAUAGACCUUGUUGGAAUGGUAGAUGGGUUCGUCCUCCUGUCACUCAGGUCUUUCAAUAUGGUCCUCAUUCCUACCCUCCUUGUGCUCCAAGGACUCACAUCCCCCCCCAUCACCGACCUAGACUAAGCCAUAAUCGUAACAACCCCCAUCACCACCAAAACAACAACAAACACAAUAACCAAUUCCAAAAUAACACCCACAACACCCUUAAUCAAGAUUAUCCAAAACAAGUCAAAGAUAUCAAAGAUAUCAUAAAAUAUCCUUCACAUCCUAGAGACCAAAGAUCAAAAGAUGAUCCAAAAAAUGAAUCGGUUUUCUUGAACUUAAGACCAGAUGGAAUAGACAUCGAGGCUGAGUUGAAUCCCUACAGAAGUAUGGAUGAAUUGAGACGAGCCAUCUCUCAGAAAGAGGAGGAAUUUACCAUCCUUGAUAUCAUUAGCCGAGAGAACCAAGAGCUUUACUUUGACCAAGUUAUUAUUACUGGCGGUGACGAAGAACACAAAUUUUAAAAAACAAUUCUCCUCAUGUUGAUGUAACCACACACACAUGUUGCCACUUUAAAAAACCGUUACUUACAUAACUGAAAAGACAUUGGGGUUGAACCUUAAAGAAUAAGUCUUCUGUAUUCCUUACGUGUUGUAAGAGGUAACUUAGAAGGUGCAAGAAUAUGCUCUGAGAUUCUUGACCAUGCACCUCUUCAACCUCAGUAAGCUAGAUAUGGUAGAUAUUGGUAAUUUCCCUCUUCACCUGCUCACUCUUAAUUAUUAUUGUCGAACAUUUCUCGUACAGUACUCUGUUCAUACUCUCAUAAUGUGUAAAUUUCCCAUUUUACAUAUUUCCAUAAGCUCAGCAAAGUUCUUCUCGUCUUACUUGACUCUAGUCUUACUUAUAGUACUCUUGUGUUUGUUGGAAGGUUUAGUUGGAAGGAAGGAUGAAUGGUGCAGAAUGUCUUCGAGCAGUGGUUCUUAACCUCUUGAAAUCCAAAUAAACAAACUCAGUACAAAUGUAAUAUUUAUAGAAGUUCAAUUUUAUUUCAUCUGGAAUUAAUGGGAGGGUUGGCAUUGCUUCUUCUCCACAAGCAAUUCAAUUCUUGGUGAGAUUGAAGAGGAUACUGCAUGUCAUUUUCAACAAUCAACCUGCUUUGACACUUAGUUUUCACUGUAACAAACCUGCCUCACAAAGGUAGGCGGAAGAAAAAAGAACACUCACUUGCAGUGCAAUACUAAAUGUAUUUAAGAUUUAGUUUAAUGAAUGGCAAAUUUUCCUUGCCCUACACUGCCAUGCCAUUAUUUUUUUUUAAAUACUGUACGUACAAAAUUAUUUCAAUGAAAAUACAUUACUACUGUAUACUGUAUUUAGUCUGAGUCAGAAGAAUGUUCAAUCCUUUGCGUCCCCUGAAAAUUUGAAACACCCCUCAGGUUAAGAACCAUUGUGUUAGAAUAUCGUACAUAUAUUUUAUUUUCUGUGUUGAUCCUCCUUGUAAUUAAUUUUUUACUUACUCUGGUGUGUCAUGGAAUAUUCAGUCACGAUAUACAGGUAUACAUCUCUUGGUCUGUUACUGAAACGUUUAGUAAAAAUAAGCUAUCAUUUAUUUCUGUAAUUUCGUACAGAAGUUAAACAGUCUCCUAUUUUUUACGUCAUCCUCUCUUACCAUUUGCUGAUCUCUUUAUCAGUGAGUAAGAAAUUUAGUAAAAAAUACCAAAUAGUAUAGUAAUGAGUGUAACGUUGUGGGAAAUUAUCAUAAGUGACAGAUUGAGAGCAUGACUAUUGAAAGAUGUAUUGUUCAUGAUUUCAUUGAGCUUUAUUGUAUUUUUGAUGACCUGCAACAGGUACAAAAUUCGUUGUUGACUUAUUGUUUUAUUUUGUUGAGUUGGUCAUGGGAAUUCCAUGGGUGUGUUGAAUUGUUCUGUUUAUACCCAUGUACAACACUUAGUUAAAUAUGUGUCGGACAUUUCAUAGCGGAAUCGUU